GGACCUUCGAUCGUUCAAUAUUGGGGACAGAAUUCUGCUGGUGCUACGGGCAGUGGAAGCCAAAAAAGUCUAGGCGAAUAUUGCGACGAUGGCUUCACUGACACUUUUGUUAUGGCUUUUGUCAAUCAGUUUAACGUCGGUAGCCUGCCAAACAUGAAUCUUGCCGACGCUUGCAAGGAUACAUUUUUCCCGGGUACCCAGCUAUUGCAUUGUCCACAAGUUGCUCGAGAUAUCAAGGCGUGCCAAUCCAAAGGCAAAAAGAUCCUAAUGUCACUCGGCGGUGCCAGUGGCUCCUAUGGCUUCCAAAGCGACGACCAAGCAGUUACAUUUGCCCAUACACUUUGGAACUUGUUUGGUGGCGGUAAAAGCGAUACACGACCUUUUGAUGAUGCUGUCCUAGAUGGAUUUGAUCUAGAUAUCGAAGGUGGCGGGUCCGCCGGCUACGUGACACUCGUAAAAACAUUGCGCACUCUUUAUGCGUCGGAUUCUUCCAAGCAAUAUUAUGUUACAGCGGCACCUCAGUGUCCUUUCCCGGAUGCCAUCUUGGGCUCAGUCAUCGACGGUGCCGAAUUUGAUGCCGUGUACGUCCAAUUCUACAACAAUUACUGCUCCCCAAGCGGCAACUUUAACUUUGAAGCAUGGCAGAACUGGGCUACGCAAACCUCUCCCAACAAGAAUGUCAAGGUGCUAUUGGGUAUUCCUGGAUCGCCUACUGCUGCUGGAAGCGGAUACCAAACGAUCGACCAGCUGGUCCCUAUCCUGCAAAAGAUUUCACAGUACUCAAGUUUCGGUGGCGUGUCUGUCUGGGAUGCAUCCCAAUCAUACAGUAACACCCAAGCGUCGCCCAACUUUGCUGCAGCUCUUGCCAAACAUGUGCAAGCAGCAGCAGCAUCAGCAGUGACAGCAGCUUCCGUAUCCAAAGAAGAUGACAUAGCCGAUCUGGAUUGUCCCGUUGUCUCGGCUUCAUCCUCGGCCAACAACGAAACAUGUACCGGCCAUGCUACUACAUGUAUUGAUGAUCAAUUUGCAAUCUGCAACGGCGGUGAAUGGGUUACUUUUUCGUGUCCCUUGGGUACAGGAUGCCUUCAUAACUCAGACGCAUCUUCAGACUCUGGCUAUUGUGGCUAUGUAACCGACAUCAUGCAGCAAGAAAAAGACAACAACAACAAGAAGAAUACCACCAGCUCCUGCGGUCUCAAGCAGCAGGUCAAGCCCACAUCGCUCCAGAAACCCAAAGUGGCAGCCAAUCUCUAUGUCGCCAGUGCCGAACAGCAAAAGAACGAGUUUUCUCUUGGCAUCAAUGCCCGUCGCAUGGAUACACGGCCCUUUGGUAGCUCGGUGACCGUUCAAAUGACAGUUCAGCCCAACACGACAAUUACUUCGGUGCAAGGCGGUUCUGUAGUCAGUCAAGACGGACGACAAGUGACGCUCAAGGUUAGAAACCAACAAAAGAAGAGCAUGACACUCCAGCUGCAGGUCAGCGGAAAGACAGAAGCGGAUGUCUUGGUCGCCCCUGAUGCACGGACGCUUCAGUUC